UCUCUCAUACAUCGUUAAUGAGAACAGGGCCAGUUCAGUCCCAGUCAGAGGAAAAUGGCAGCUGCUCCUGUUCGCACCAUGUGCACCGAGCUGGCAUACCGGCAGGCCUCCUCACACACUGCUGGGUUACUGUAGUACGAGAACUCGGUCCUGUGUGUGUUAGCUACCGUUACUGCAAGAACAAGCCCUACCCCAAGUCUCGCUUCUGCAGGGGUGUGCCUGAUCCCAAGAUCAGGAUCUUCGACUUGGGCAGGAAGAAGGCCAAGGUAGAUGAGUUCCCCCUGUGUGGUCACAUGGUCUCUGAUGAGUACGAACAGCUGUCUUCAGAAGCUCUGGAGGCUGCCCGUAUCUGUGCUAACAAGUACAUGGUGAAGACCUGCGGUAAGGAUGGUUUCCACAUCCGCAUGCGUCUGCAUCCCUUCCACGUCAUCCGCAUCAACAAAAUGUUAUCCUGCGCUGGAGCUGAUAGGCUCCAGACUGGAAUGCGUGGUGCUUUUGGUAAACCCCAGGGCACCGUGGCCCGUGUGCACAUUGGUCAGGUGAUCAUGUCUGUUCGUACCAAGGCCCAGAACAAGGAGCACGUGGUUGAGGCUCUGCGCAGAGCCAAGUUCAAGUUCCCUGGACGCCAGAAGAUUCAUAUUUCCAAGAAGUAUGGCUUCACCAAGUUCAACGCCUGCGACUUCGACGACAUGAUGGCUGAGAAGCGUCUGAUCUCAGACGGCUGCGGGGUGAAGUACAUCCCCAGCAGAGGCCCUCUGACCCGCUGGAAGUCCCUGCACGCCAACUAGGACUGCCACAGGUUUCUGUGACCAGACUACCAAUAAAAGUGGGUUUGAUUACAAAAGUGA